GGCGGUAGAUAUAUAACGGAACGGUACUGUCGAGCUGAACAAGGUAAAAGGGGGAAGAUUCUCUGGGGGAGUGGUGAAACGCGAGGAAUAAUCGGGUUAUCAAGGACAAUAAACGGUGAUCGGAAACAAUAAGGCCGAUGCCAUGUCGGAGAAGGGAGUCUCAGUGACGGAUGAUAUGGAGAUUGAAAAAGAUGAUCGGGAAUUUGGGGAAGACGACUCCUUGGAGCUUCAGCAGCAAUCAUGUAAAAAAGGAGAACCGACGAAGAAGCGUAGUAAUCCGGCCGAGAAGGGCGCGGGUUUCAAGGAAAGCGAGGAAAAUUCGGAGUCCGGGAAAGAGAAUAGUGAAGAAACUGGAGCUGUAGCUGUAGCAGAGGAGAAAAUUUCCGGUAUGAGUCACCAGAAAAUAAACAAAAUUCCAGUGGAUGGCGGUGAAGAGGGAAUUGGAAUGGGGGCUGAGAUUGAAGGGGAAAACGGGGGUUCAGUGAAUAAGAAGAAUAAGUCCGGUGGGAAGGGCUGGGAUAGCGAAUUUAUACCAGAUGAAAAUGGUGAAGCGGGAGCAGGAAUAAAGGUUGAGAAAGAAAUGGAAAGCGGGGAUUCAGUGAAGAAGAAUAAGCUCUGUAAUGCUAAAACACAGGAAAAUGACAGUCAAGGUCAUGGGCAAGAGGAGCUAAUGAAUACGGAGAAUGAGGAAGAAGUGGGUGGAAAUAAAAAAGAGGAUGAGGAUUGUGCAGAGCUAAUGGACAUUGAAAAGGGAAAGGCGGCAGGUGGUGAAGAAGAGGAGGAGAAUGAGGGUUGCAAAUCUCAUGCAAGGGCAUUUCCAAGGAGGCUGUCAAGUCAGAAGGCGAUUGAGAAGAUUGGGGAACUCAAGGAACAAAUGAUGGAGUGGGAUGAAGCAGACAAAGAGGUCAGUAGGAACAGGGGUAGGAAGAAAAAGAUAUUGGACAAUGAGGGCCAUGCUGAAGAUAAAAGGAGGAAUCGAGGGAAAAGGGCUAAACAUGAAGAAAGAAGAGGAGAAGAAGAUGGUGAAGAAGAGAAAGUAAAGGAAAUUACAGAGGGUUCACGGACACUUAGACCCAGGAAAGUUAAGGAUGAGGGUGACUAUUCUGUGCCAAGGAUCAGAAACAGGAAGGAUGAGAAUGGUAAUAAAGUUGAAUCAAACAUGUGCCACCAAUGCCAAAGGAAUGAUAAAGGAGACGUUGUGCGCUGCACCAGCUGCAAGACGAAGAGAUAUUGUGGGCCUUGCAUGAGAACAUGGUAUCCUGGUAUGCCAGAGGAGGCCUUUGCAGAAAAGUGUCCUGUUUGUCUUGAGAACUGCAAUUGCAAAGCGUGUCUCCGAUUAGAUGGUCCUAUAAGGAAACUGAAGAAAUUGAUAUUUGACGCCAGCAAUGAGGAGAAGAUACAGUACUCUAAAUAUAUCUUGCAAGUGCUUCUACCUCUGUUGAGGCGAUUCAGUGCAGAGCAAAUGAUGGAGAAGGAGAUUGAAGCCAAGAUUCAAGGGGUAACACUUUCCGAGUUAAAGCUACAGAAAGCAAAGUGCCAGCAGAAUGAGAGGAUGUAUUGUGACAACUGCAGAACAUCAAUUUUUGAUUUUCACAGAAGCUGUUCAAACUGUUCCUAUGACCUUUGCCUUACUUGUUGCCAAGAGCUCAGGAAUGGCCAUCUGCAGGGCAAUGUAGAAGAAAUUGUCAUGGAAUAUAUUGACCGUGGGCUGGAUUACUUGCAUGGUAAAGCGAGUGAAAGUACUACUAUGGAAACAAACACCAAGGAAUUUGUUGAAACAAACUCCCUUGAAGAUUCCAAGUCAGCAUCUGAAGUGAAAUCCACCUCUCCAACAAAAAGCCUUGAAUCCCUUGUUGGCUGCUGUCAUGAAUGGAGGUUUGAAGAAAAUGGUAGAAUUUUUUGCCCACCAGAGAAUAUGCGUGGUUGUAAUAAGGGAACUUUAGAAUUAAAGCAUCUUUUGGGGGAGUGUUAUGUCACUGAGCUGUUAGCCAAAGCGGAAGAAAUAGCAAAGUCAUGCAAAUUAAAUGAUAUGCCUGAAAGUUCUCAGCGGUUGUGCUCUUGUUCAAAAUCAGUAGAUGAAAAUGCUAUUGAUAAAAAUAAGUUACGGAAAGCAGCUACUAGGGAGGAUUCUAAUGACAAUUGUCUGUACUGCCCAGCCGCUAAAGACAUUCAACACAAGGAUCUGAAACAUUUUCGAUGGCAUUGGCUUGAGGGUGAGCCUGUUAUUGUCAGUAAUGUGCUGGAAACUACUUCAGGAUUGAGCUGGGAACCCAUGGUUAUGUGGCGUGCUUUUCGUCAGAUAAAAAAUCUAAACCAUUCACGUCAUUUAGAUGUGAAUGCUCUUAACUGCUUGGACUGGUGUGAGGUUGAAGUCAAUAUCCACCAGUUUUUUGAAUGGUAUAGGAAUGGUACAACUGAUAUUUAUGGAUGGCCUCUUAUUCUCAAGUUGAAAGACUGGCCUCCAUCAGAUUUAUUUGAGGAGCGAUUACCUCGUCAUGGUGCUGAGUUUAAAAACAGCCUGCCUUUCAAGGCAUAUACAGAUCCUCAAGAUGGCUACCUUAAUCUUGCUACUAAGUUGCCAGAGAAGUCCUUAAAACCAGAUAUGGGUCCCAAGACAUAUAUAGCUUAUGGUGUUCCACUGGAGCUGGGGCGUGGAGACUCUGUAACUAAGCUGCACUGCGAUAUGUCUGAUGCGGUGAAUGUCUUGACACAUACUCAAGGAAUAAACCUAAAACCCGAGCAACUUUCAAAGAUUCAAGAAUUGAAGGGGUAUCAUGCUGUCCAGGACAAGGAGGAACAGCAGAUGAUUCAUAAGCUGGACAAAUGUGAGGAUGGACUUCAUAAAUUGAAUGAGGAAUAUUCUCAGCAAGAUUCUUUGGUGAACCCAAAUUCUGUUGAUCAAUGGGAUGAGAAAUCUUCCACUUCUGUUAGGCUAGAGAGUAAUGAUAUGUGCAUGGGAAUUUUGGGUACAGAGAAUGUGAGUAGGUCUUCUGAAACAGGGGCAAGUAGUCAGGAGAAUGAAAAUGAAAGUCACAACUCUAAUGGGUCUCUGUUAUUCUCUGAUGUGUUUGAAGACACUGGUGGUGCUCUCUGGGACAUCUUUAGGAGGGAAGAUAUCCCUAAGUUGGAAGAAUAUCUCAAGAAGCACUUUAAGGAGUUUAGGCAUACUUAUUGCUCCCCAGUACCAAAGGUUGUUCAUCCUAUUCAUGACCAAACAUUUUACUUGACUGUGGAGCAUAAAAGGAGGCUCAAGGAAGAAUAUGGGAUUGAACCAUGGACCUUUGUUCAAAAGUUGGGGGAUGCUGUCUUUAUUCCAGCAGGCUGUCCUCAUCAAGUUAGAAAUUUGAAGUCAUGUAUAAAAGUUGCUCUUGACUUUGUUUCUCCUGAAAAUGUUCCUGAGUGUGUGCGGUUGACUGAAGAAUUCCGAACUCUUCCCCAAAAUCACAGGGCCAAGGAAGAUAAACUGGAGGUGAAGAAAAUGGUCAUUUAUGCGGUGCAUAAAGCUGUGGAGGAUUUGGAGAUGUUAAAUUCUGAAAGGAGAGAAGACUCAGAAGAGAAUAUCAAAAAAAAAAAAAAAAAAAAAAAGCAAAGGAGAGAAGAGAGAUUGUCUGAAUGACAAUGGAGGGAAUGUAUGUGACUGCCCAACUUAUCUGCAGUAGAACAUGUGCUCGUUUCUAUCAAAUAUUUACUUAGCCUCUGGAAGAUGUUUGUUGUCUGUAAUGAUACCAUAACAACAAAUUAUCUUUGUUCCUAUGCUUAUCAUAUGGUAAAACUCUACCCAAUGGUUGUGGCUAUUGACAAAGUUGCCAGAUUUUGAUUGAGCAAGGGUGGAGAAUGUGGAAAGUAGCUGUUGCUUCUCAUCAAUUCAUGGCUUAUUCACUGUUCUAACUUCUAACAACAGCUCCAACAGUUGAUCCAACUCCUGUUGGUUGUUAUUCAUAGAUAUAGAUUGAUAUUAUUAUGUUAAACACAUUUUAUAAAUAAGUGUUUAGAUUAUAUGACUAUACUUUGGCUCCUCCCUACUCGGGUUACAGGUCUCUUAUGAAUUUUCGAAUUUCUUAUUGGUGGUUGAUGCAA